UUAGGGCAAUAAUUCCAGGUGGUCAAUGAGAGCGAGCGCCAUAGUCUAUAACUCCAAUAAAAUCCAAAUCUCCAACCCCUCCAAAAAGGCUCAGAGAAAACGCAAUCGUUCUCUCUCCCUUUCUCCUCUUACCUCCCCGCGAUCUCUCUGUAUUUCAUCUUCAAAAGUAGGUGGCAAUGAUAAUAGAUAGCUGGAUCUGUUAAGCACCACGUGGAUACAUGAUCAUCGGCUUUGUUUGCAUUUGAAGUCCAGCCUGUGCCUGAUUGUUUACUUGAAGGGUCUUCUGAGAAAUAGAGGACCCUUCAGACAGGAUUUUUUGGGUUAGCUUCAAGUUGUUAGCUAUAAGAUAAGUUCGGUGCAUAGGCGGUCAGGGUAAAGGUGGUCGGUUCGAUAAACAUGCCAGCUGUACAAAAGCUUUAUAAUGCCUGUAUAGCAUCACUUUCUCCUGAUGGACCCAUAUCAGAAGAUGCUCUUGAGAAAGUUCGUUCUCUCUUAGACAAAAUCAAGCCUUCUGAUGUAGGUCUUGAGCAGGAGGCACAACUUGUCAGGAGUUGGAAAGGUACCAUGCGCGAGCAUAAUGGGGGUAUACGAUCGAUCCUGCCAAUCAAAUACCUGCACAUACAUGAAUGUGAGAGCUUCACUAUGGGAAUAUUCUGCAUGCCACCUUCUUCAAUCAUUCCUCUAAAUAACCACCCGGGGAUGACCGUUUUAAGUAAGCUUAUAUAUGGUUCCUUACAUGUGAAAGCCUAUGAUUGGAUCGACAGUCCGGGGCCUUCAGUUCCACCCGAAGGUACAAGACCAGCUAAGCUUUUUAAAGAUUGUGAGAUGACUGCUCCAUGCGGGACAACUACUCUGUAUCCAACGAAUGGAGGCAAUAUUCAUUGUUUCAAAGCUAUAACCCCUUGUGCUAUUUUUGAUAUCCUUUCUCCACCUUACUCUUCCAAUGAUGGACGUCAUUGCACUUAUUUCCGAAGGUCUCCUCGAGGAGAUCUACCUGGCGAGCUCGAGGUGGAUGGGAAGAUAUUCUCAGAGGUUACUUGGUUGGAAGAGUUUCAACCUCCUGAUGACUUUGUUAUUCGUCGAGGGCAAUACAAAGGUCGUGUUAUCAAACCUUAGGAUGGUUCAAUUUUUGGUUUUAUCAUUCAUUUUUUUUAAUGCAGUGAGUAGUUAAUUUGGGAUGAGGUGAAUUUAUAGUAUGUCUCAACAAUGUGAAAAUAAUGACUGGUGUUCUCUAUAGAAUAGGACAUUUCUUAUGUACAUAUCAAUAUACCGUACAUUAAUUUACUGAUCUCACCUUAAAUUAUUGCUUUUAAA